AUGGACCCAGCACCAGAUCCCGUUGCACAGGAUUCGACCUCAAUCUCGGGCCACUCGUCAGACCAGCCCCCACCUCCGUCAUACGCCUCGCUUGUCGCACCCGUCCCCAGAUCGUCCUCGCUUGAGACCGCGAACGCGACCGCCCAAUCCAGCAUAUCCGCGCACUCGAUAUUUCCCAACCACGCCGCAUUCGACCAUUCCCAGGCCGCACUGGGCUUCCCUUCGGGCUACUUUAUCCUUCGCAACCGCGGCGCCGGUGGAAGGGUGCUCGAUCUGCUUGGCCACAAGACCAACGAAGGGGCUCUUAUUGGACUACACCCUCUCAAACAACCUCAAGUAGAUGGGGAUCAACUUCAGUACAGAGCCAAUAACCAAUUGUGAGCCCUUUCGCCGCCAAGUCUCAAUUGUCCCAACGCGACUCGGGAUAUCUUCCCCCCACUUGUGACGAGGGCAGAUCAGCUGACUUGAAGCUGACUCAUCUCUCGCUGCACCCAGGUGGUUCAUUGGCUGGGAUGGUUUGCUGUAUAGUGUGGCUGCUUCCAGACCCGUCGAAUGCGUAGGCAAGUGAUGUUUGUCCAGGCACGCGGUCAGCUCCACUCAGCUGACCCCCUAUCCAUCGCGUGUUCCACGUGUCACGUGCCUCGUGCCUUUCGGCCGCACUGCAGACGGGGCCUUGACUCUCGCAUACCCGCAUCCUGUCAUGUCCAUCCCAUCCCAUCGCUCUCAUCCUACCCCACAAUUCGUCUUUGAUCCCGUCACAUCGACAUUGCGGGUACAAUACGCCACAGACCCAACCUUCCCCGGUCCCCGACACGAGGACAAGUCGGAUUGGAACGACUACGACUACAUCGUCGAAUCGGUACCGCAGCGAAGAAAACGACCCAAUCAACAGGGCCUGUGGGACGUCGUUUCUUCCGGUCCCGGCAACAUAUUCGAAGGAUUGAGCGAGAAGAUCUUUGGUACAAAGAAUCCCUCGUCGGAGGUGAGCAACCCCUUGGCUGGACCAGGACCCAGUGGCAGCCCGUCGAGACCGCCAUCGAUGACGAGUCAAGCUCCAAUAAGACCGGCGUACGAAACUUACCGGAGACGUUCUUCUUCGAAUACAAAUACGAACCCUCCCCUACUGCCAGCGAGACCUCGCACAGUCGAGGUCGAUUCAGAUUCAGAUUCCGAGCCGUCAGCAUCGCGAUCGGUCCGAGUUGUCGCCGUCCCACGAUCCUUACGGUAUGGUACCCCAUCGCAAUCUGAACCAUCGACCAAACCCAUGUCUGGGAGUUUGUAUCAAGGUGGUCUUGAUCCUUCACAUGCCGCCGGAGAUGUGAGCCACUCCUCGGGCCAAACACUCGAGAUCUUCCGAAGGGAGCGGGCAAGGGAAGCUCGUCGAAGCAAGCGUCGGCAGUGGGAGCUCGUCUCGGUCGUGGUCCGACCUGUACCGAUCGAAUCGUAUUCCGGCCGAAACUCAUUUUCAGAAACCGAGCGAGCCAUGGCCGGUUCGCCUUCCUCGUCGAGCGUGAUGCGACGUGGGUCUUCGACCGUUGGGCUUUCCUCGUCCCCGCGAUUCAUCCCGCUACCUACUUCGCCUAGCCUCGAUCGGACCGAGCCAGUGCGGACGCGACGAGCUCUCUCUAAUACUCAACAACUAACACGAAGCUCAAUCACAGCCUCCUCGUCUUCAUAUUCAAUAGCAUCCCAAGGGUUCUCCUUACCGCGCCUUCUGAAGGCGAACAUUUACGGCAAAUACCCCGACGAGAGCGAAGCGUCUGGAGAUACCAUCAACACCGAAGGAUCAGACUUAUUCGAUGAUGAGCCCGAGGACGCAAGGGUCCUCCAGCUCGAUGAGAUUGGACAGGAAAUGGCCAGGUCGACGUCCAACUUGUCCUUGUCAGAACCAGUUGGGUCUGAGAGGCAACGCGCUGGGCGGAUGGUUGAGGGUUUGCAGAUUGAGCAGCAGGAGGAAGUUACCCCGUCGUCUCUAAGGGCUAUGCAGUUGGAUCGUCCGCUUCCGGAGUUUCCGUCGAUGGAAGAGCUGUCGGUGUUGGCUACUAGUGGCACUGAGGAGGAGGAUGCAGCGCACACGGCCGAGGGUCGCAGAAAACGGAUCGCCGAGUAG